AUACUCUUAAUCUUCUACUGUUUUGAUUUAACUCAUACACACCGACGUACCAUGGCCUUGCGAAAUGCUGCUUUCUUCUUGCUUUUCUUUUCUUUUCUUGCAUUUUCUCUCCCUACCUCCGCCAGACCUGCAACUUUUCUUCAGGACUUUGAAGUCACUUGGUCUGAUUCCCAUAUCAAGCAAAUCGAUGGAGGAAGGACUAUCCAACUCAUUCUAGACCAAAGCUCAGGAUGUGGGUUUGCCUCCAAGAGGCAAUACUUGUUUGGCCGUGUCAGCAUGAGGAUCAAGCUCGUCCCUGGAGACUCUGCAGGAACUGUCACUGCCUUUUAUAUGAAUUCAAACACCGACAAUAUACGAGACGAACUGGACUUCGAAUUCUUGGGGAACAGGACAGGGCAGCCAUACACAGUACAAACAAAUGUCUAUGCUCAUGGAAAGGGUGACAGAGAACAAAGAAUUAACUUGUGGUUUGACCCUUCUGCCGAUUUCCACUUGUACACUAUCCUCUGGAACCAUGGCCACGCUGUAUUUUAUGUAGAUGACGUGCCAAUCAGAGUUUACAAGAAUAAUGAAGCAAAGGGAAUCCCAUAUCCCAAGUUCCAGCCUAUGGGUGUGUAUUCAACAUUAUGGGAAGCAGAUGAUUGGGCAACAAGAGGUGGCCUGGAAAAAAUCAAUUGGAGCAAAGCCCCUUUCUUGGCACACUACAAGGACUUUGACAUUGAGGGAUGUCCAGUACCAGGACCAGCAAAUUGUGCCUCAAACCCCAGAAACUGGUGGGAGGGUGCUACUUACCACUCCCUCAGUGCAUUGGAAGCUAGGAAAUACCGUUGGGUUCGUAUGAACCACAUGAUAUAUGAUUACUGUACCGACAAGUCUCGAUACCCAGUUGCCCCACCGGAGUGCAUGGCCGGAAUCUAAAAAAUUGCAGCAAACGAGCACAACCCAUGAAGCAAUUUGGUAUAUAAAAUUAAUAUAUCAUAUACUUGAAUGUCUCAUGUAUAUCUUACGUACAUGUCCUAGUAUACAUUACUAGCCAUGCAAAUUAUUGGAGGGGAAUAAAUCUUUUGUGUUAUAUGUUAGUAGGUCAACGACACCAAGGGUAAGUUUGAUUUUCAAAGCGGACAAAAGAACUUGUAAGCAUACGUGUAUGCAUCUGGUGCACAAUAUUCUGUGCCAAAUAAAAGGCUAGUGCAUGAUUGCUGAAA